AUGUCUUUCUCCAACAUCAAUCAGCAGAGAGAUAGAUUAUCUACACAAACACACAAAUACAAUCAAUGUGUUCUGUUGUUCAGCACUUACUAUCAGCUUCAGAACCAUAAGAGAGGUUAUGAAAACAACUUGACGUCAGCAAAUAUCAUUUCACAAUAUAUUGCAGAGGAUGUUGAAAUGCAAAAUGAUAUUAGAAAUAAUAUUAUUGACAAUAAUGAAUUAGUUAGCAGUUCAGAUUAUGCUGUGAACACAAUGGAGAUUGAUGAGGCCAUUUUUUACAAGUGUAGUUGUAGUUUCAAGGACAGUGAGAGUGAAGCUCACAUUUACAAUAGCAGCAGAAUUGGUAGCAAUACCUUUACAAAGGCCAAGUUGAUGAAACCUGGGGCUAAGAUCAGCAAUGGCAAAACUGUUGAUGCUUUGCUCAAGUCCAAGUCAAGUGUCAAGGGCCAUGAGUAUGAUGUCUGUCCUAAUGGUUGCCGAUUGUAUGGCAUUAAUGACGAUCAGGAAUCUUGUGUUGACUGUGGCAAACUGCAAUACAAGACUGAUACUGAACAAAGUCAAAUAUCAGCUGCCAGUAUGAAGCUCAUGUCAGUUAGUGAUAUGUUUUCUCAAAUGCUGGCUGAUCCAGCCACAAGAGAACUCCUUUAUUACAGGGCUAACAGGGAAUCUGUAGCUGGUCAGCUCACCAAUAUUUUUGAUGGUGAAAAUUAUAAGCAGUUGGUGCAACAAGGCUUGUUCUCAAAUCCUGACGAUAUUGUCAUUGGAUACACAAAUAAAUACCUCUUGCAGCUGGCAAUCUUGCCUGGUCCCAAGAAGUCUACCCACUUGAACUCUUUCCUGAUACCAAUCAUCAGUGAAAUAAAAGAUCUUGAGGUGUAUGACUUGGUAAUCAAGAGCAAUGGAGUUGAGGUUUGCCAUGCCAAGAUCCACUUGUUGCUUGCUUCUGCUGACAUCCCAGCUGUGGCUGACAUGACGCACAUUGGCUCACAUGCCAGUUUGUUUGGUUGCCAAAUCUGCAAAACAAAGGGAAAAGCCCCAGACAACAGAUGGCACGGAAUGUACUUUGAAGAUAGUUCUGCUCCUUUGCGACCUUUGGAAGACUUCAAAACCGGCAAUCCAAGGAAUUGGAAAGCACAUUUACAACUUGAUCACUGUGUCCCUUACCAAGGAGACAAAUUUUUUUAUACCCGUCCAGAUGAUACCCUCUCCACCACAGAAUGCCCAUUUUUCAUACCAAGAGCUAGUCUUGUGACAAUUGGCAACUGUAUCACAAGUUUAAGACCAUAUAUACCAGUAUCAUUCCAAGGCAGUUUUGAUAAUGUCUUCUCCAAGAUUGAUGGCACUCAUGCAGUAGAUUGGCUUGACUUUCUUCUGUACAUUGUUUACACUCUUGUUGUCCCAUUCUUACCAAACAGGGCUGUGAAAACUGCGGUAUUGUCACUUGUCAAAGGUUGUGCACUGGCAUUGCAAUGGAUGCUGACUUUGGAGUUGCUGAAUAAGAUGGAUGUACAUCUUAAACACUGGCACUACUAUCUAUCACAACAAGUCCAGAACAAGACUAUAUCUCAUAGUGUCUUCAGACCAGUACAGCACUAUCUUGUGCAUAUACCAUUCAUUGUCAAGCAACUAGGUUCACUUCGAUGCUACUCCACUCGAUCAAUGGAGAGAGUAAUUGGUGUCUUUUCCAAGCUAAUCAAGUCUAAGUGCAAGAGCAGCCGUAAUGCUAGUUUUCUUGUGGAACGAUUUACAUUGCAUAACUAUAUCAACAUAGCCAUCAGUAUCCAGAACGAAAUUGAUCUUAUUCAGCCCAAGCUGUAUGGUAGAGAAAGUUAUAUGAAUCUUUCUAAUGAUCCUAGUGGUGCGCAGUUGUGGGAGCCAUUUCAUUGA